AUUAAACUGACAUGCCACAAGGAAGGGACAAAGAGAAGAGGCCACACCAUAUCUAUAUUUUCUCCCAUAAUUACUUCUUUUUACACUCCCCCUACCACUCCAUGUUCUGUAAUAGAACCUCUUAUUCUCCCUUAACUUAUUGUAUUUAAUGCACAUUUAUUUCUCUUUUACUACAAAUACUUCUUCUGCUGCUACCGUAUCAUCAGUGCAUUUUCCUUAUACCAAAACAAAAAAGUUUAAUUAGCUCAAAAUUUCAGAAGGAUCUGUUUCAGCAUGACAUCAAAUGCAUACAUUCUUCUUUUAUUUGUUUGCAUUUUCUUCCAUGCAUGCAAUGCUCGGCAGCAUCUGAUCAGUCCUUUAGAUAAGAAGGUGGAGAAGAAACAUCGUUUCUCUCUUAAGAUAGUUGAGAAAAAUGAAUAUGAUUCGUCAGUGAAAAAGUUUAAUGAAGGUGCUCAUAAGAUGAACAUUGAUCAGUUGAUUGUUGAGUCAGAAAAGUCAAAAGGCUCGAAACACCGAAGAAGUACUAACCAGAGAGUGUUGAAAGAUAUGGGAAAAGCUUCAAUAUUUGGUUUAAAAACUAAAUCUCAUGUUUCAGUUUCAUGGCGUGUGCCUCACAAGAAACAUAGUGACAAACAUCCUGGGUUUAAUUUGGAUUAUUCACCACCCAAGACACAUCCUCCUUCUCACAAUUAAGCAUAAAUGUUAUUGAAAUUAAGAAAUUGCAUCUCAUCAUCUAGGGUGAAAUGUUUAAUAUUAGUUUUGCUAGCAUAUAUAUGACUACAGGAAAAUGAAUGUGUGACUGUGUUCUUAUAAUCAAACAUAUGUUUUCUACGGUAAUUUAACUACGCUAAGACGUCCUUUU